AUGGCCAGCAAACUAACACCGUUUUGUGUGCCUCAGGAUUACCGAAACCUGAGUGGUCACUUGUCAAGAAACAGUCUUCACCUGGUCGUUGAACCGGAGCAACCGCUUGAUUUCUCCACUAAAAAGGUUCACAGUAGUAGUAAACUGACAAGUCUUCUUGAGGGUCGAAACCAAGGCUUCAGCUGCUCUCGGUCGCCCAUACCUCUUGAACCACUGAGUAACGGGUUGAAGACUUCCAUAACCCUAUCUACAAUAUCUAGCUCCAAUGGAGUACGUGAACUGGGAGGUAUCUUACUAACAGAUCAAUCCGCUUCUGUAAACAGCCUUUCGUCUCCUGAAGUGUACAUGACCCCAGGAUUGGGUGUAUCACCAAAUGUAGGUUCUAUAAAUAAUAGACUGCUGAAUGCCAUUCCCGGUAGUGCGAUGGAAUCCCCAGAGGAAAGGAAUUAUAACUGGCCCUUUAAAGCUUAUCCUAAGACCGCACCGAGCACGACAACGCAGGGAUACUACAACUAUCCUAUUCAGUUUCCGCUGACCUUUGACAGCAUGACAACUCAAAAUAUCUUUUGCAGUACCUCAGAUCAAGCCUACCUUCAAUUCCGAGAAAAAAUGUUGUCGGCAAAGAAGCGUUCACAGGAAUAUCGUAGGUCAGCCUCUCGACAAGAGAAGCAAAAGAGGUAUGUGGAUACAGCAGACACUAACUCUUGUUCUGCAGCCAAUAUCUUGAGUUUUGUGGACAGAAACAGAGAAACCAGUACUCCGGACGUUUCUGAAAGUGAUUCACUUGCUUUUUCUUCAGUGAAUACCUACAUUUCUACCACAGCAGUUCUUAUACAUCCCUCAUCCAAUGCGGUGUCGACUCUAAUCGAAACACCAAACCAGAGUGUACCGGAGAACGACGAAACCGACACGAAAAACAUUAUGAAAAACGAAAUUAACACGAGGGCUUCAGGUGAGAACAGUCCUUCUACACCAUCUCAGGUACCGACAGAUUUGGACAACGGAAAACGAAGCGGUUCUUUGUCAGAUGAAGCCUACUGGGAGAAGAGAAGAAAAAAUAAUGAGGCUGCCAAAAGAUCGCGAGACGCUAGGAGAGCAAAAGAAGAUGAAAUUGCAAUCAGGGCAGCAUUCCUUGAACAGGAAAAUUUGAGGCUCAGAGUGGAAGUUGCUGCUUUGAAAAGUGAGACUGUUAAACUUAGAUGUUUGUUAUCUAAUAGCUGA